AUGCCCGGGGUUGUCAGUGGAAAGAAGAGAUUCACAGAAACAAACAUGACCUUUUCCACUUCGAUCACACAAGAUUUGAACAGCAACCCUCAAUUAGCUUCUCAGAUCGCCAAAGAUAUUGACAGCCCCAUUCUACCUGGGCUGCCGGAUGAUGUGGCAAAAUAUUGCCUUGCACUAGUUCCUCGCUCUCACUUCCCAACCAUGAGUUCAGUGUGCAAGAAAUGGCUGUCAUUUCUUAAAAGCAAAGAACUCAUAACCAUACGAAAAUUAGCUGGUUUGCUUGAGGAAUGGCUUUAUGUCUUAACUAUGGAUUCUGAAGCAAUGGAAAGCCACUGGGAGGUUUUGGAUUGUUAUGGACACAGACAUCAGCUUCUACCACCAAUGCCUGGUCCAACUAAGGCAGAGUUUGGGGUAGUGGUUCUAAAUGGAAAGCUUCUUGUCAUGGCUGGCUACUCAUUGAUUGAUGGUACUGGCUCUGCCUCUGCAGAUGUUUAUGAAUAUGAUUCUUGCCUCAACAGCUGGAGAAAAUUGGCAAGCAUGAAUAUUGCUCGCUAUGAUUUUGCUUGCGCUGAGGUUAAUGGCAAAGUUUAUGCUGCUGGAGGCUAUGGGAUGGAUGGUGAUAGUCUCUCCAGUGCUGAGAUGUAUGAUCCUGACACCAACAAAUGGAUCUUGAUAGAGAGCCUUCGCCGCCCUAGGUGGGGCUGCUUUGCCUGCAGCUUUGACGGAAAGCUUUAUGUCAUGGGAGGAAGGUCAAGCUUCACUAUUGGCAAUUCAAAAUUUGUUGAUGUGUACAAUCCUGAAGGGCACACUUGGUGUGAGAUGAAGAAUGGCUGUGUCAUGGUUACUGCUCGUGCUGUGCUAGGAAAGAAACUCUUCUGUAUGGAGUGGAAGAACCAGAGAAAACUAGCUAUAUUCAGUCCAGAAGACAACUCCUGGAAAGUGGUACCAGUUCCUUUGACUGGGAGCUCAACUAUUGGGUUUCGAUUUGGGAUACUUGGUGGAAAGCUGUUAUUGUUUUCACAAGAGGAGGAACCAGGCUACCGUACCCUAUUGUAUGAUCCUGAUGCUUCCCCGGGCUCAGAGUGGCAGACUUGUGCGAUAAAGCCGUCUGGAUUGUGUUUGUGCAGUGUGACCAUCAAGGCAUGA